UACAAGUGGCAACCCUGUUACAAAAUGUCCGACGUCGAUCACCAAAACGACGUCUUAGAACCGCCUUGUUCGAAAAAAUCUAAAAUUGUCGAACAAAAUGAAAACGGUGUGAGUGAGAAUAAUUUGGAACUGCAAGACUUUAUCCCGGAGAAGAUUCUGAACAACAAUACAAAUAGGAAAACAGUUUGCGUUCAGGGGAAAUUCAAGGAAAAAAGUGGCGUGGGUUUGAUCUUGUUCGAGAAAAAUGCUUUCAAAGAAGAAGAAUUAAACAAUACGGGGUAUUUUUCUGAAGAUAGUGAGUUGCGCACGUUUUUCCAGAACGAUAUUUAUGGGAAUUACGAGUGUUUUCCGAAGCCCUCUCUCAAUGGUGUAAAAACUACAAUAAUCUUCCCGGCGACCGACAAGCACAUCGCCAAGUUCAGUCAGCAAGAAGUGCACCUUGUACUGGAGACUCCGGAACUCUACUCAACCCUCACCUUACCGCAUAUUGAGAAGGAGCAGUUCACUUUGCAGUGGGUCUACAACAUCCUAGAAGGCAAGAGUGAGCAAGACAGAAUAGUACAUAAUAACAAGUGCGAGAAGGAAGGAUUCAUUCUAGUGCCUGACUUGAAGUGGGACGGACUCACAAAAGAGACACUGUACCUCUUAGCUAUUGUUAGACAGAGAGGAAUCAAAUCGCUGAGAGAUUUGAACGUAACCCAUCUGCCACUCUUGAAGAGGAUUCGUGACGAAGGAAAGAAAGCAAUUCUCGAUAAGUACGACGUUCCAGGCAGUCAGUUGCGCAUCUACCUCCACUAUCAGCCGUCCUUCUACCACCUGCACGUUCACUUCACCUACCUCCGGCACGAGGCCCCCGGUAUCUAUGCAGAAAAGUCACAUCUCCUCGAUACAGUCAUCGACAACAUUGAAAUGAUGAACGACUACUACCAAAAAGCCACAGUACCUUUCACCAUCCGGGAGAUGGACAAGUUAUUCAACGUGUAUGAGACUAAUGGUUAUGUACAAAGAAUUAAGAGCAACGUACAGAAACUUAUUGAUAAAUAA